GAGGAAGGAGGAGGAGAUGCGCCGGUGACUCGCGCGCGCCUCCGUACGCGCACAAUAACUUCUCUCAUCUGAACCUCUGCACAUCACAGAUUAAACAUGAUGUUCAUCUAGAGGAUUUUAGUUUGGACACAACACACGAUCUGGGUUUCUGUGAAGACGCGCUCGACGUAUCUGAUGAAAGAUGUAAGACACCAACAUGACGGUGCCUGAUUGGUGACCCUGAAGAUAAGCAGAACAUCAACUCACCCGUUUAAGGUCCAACCACUGUCCUCCACUCAUCUCACCUGCUUCAUUUUCACCCCAUCUCCAUCACAAGAAGCACUACCAACAUGAUAAACCAGACUAUUUUCAAACAUUACAAUUACAUGGGAAAGCCAAGCAAUCGUACCACCACCAAAGAGCCUCUGAAGGAUCCCAAAACAGCUGUGAUUUUGGGAGUAUGCAGCCUCAUUAUUUUGGAGAACGUGAUCGUUUUGUUGGCAAUUUGGAAGAAUCAUAAAUUUCACAACCGAAUGUAUUUUUUCAUCGCUAACCUGGCUUUAUGCGACUUGUUGGCCGGCGUGAGCUACAUGGUCAACCUGAUGAUGUCAGGAGAGUUUACGUUUCAUCUGUCGACUACUGCGUGGUUUGUGCGCGAAGGGAGCACGUUUGUAGCCCUGAGCGCUUCCAUCUUCAGCCUCUUUGCGAUCGCUAUUGAGCGCCACCUCACCAUGAUUAAAAUGAGGCCUUAUGAUUCAAACAAAAAAUACAGGGUGUUUCUCUUAAUAGGGACUUGUUGGUUGAUAGCAGUCACACUGGGAGCUCUGCCCAUUUUGGGCUGGAACUGUCUGGGUAAACUUCAAGAGUGCUCGACCAUCUUUCCCCUCUACAGCAAAUACUACGUGGCCUUCUGCAUCACCAUUUUCAUAUCACUGCUGCUGGCCAUCUCCGUGCUGUACGCCAGGAUUUAUAUCCUCGUCAAAACCACCAGCAGCAAAGUCACCCAGCACUGCGACUCGGAGCACUCCAUGGCUCUCCUUCGAACCGUGAUCAUCGUGGUGGGCGUCUUCAUCGCUUGUUGGACGCCCAUCUUUGUGCUCUUCCUUGUCGACGUAGCCUGCCAAGGGGGAGCCAAGAGCUGUCCCAUCCUGCUGAAAGAUGAUUGGUUCAUAGCCCUGGCGCUGUUGAAUUCCGGCAUGAACCCGGUAAUAUACACUUUAGCAAGCAGGGAAAUGCGCCGUGCCUUUUACAGGCUGGUUUGUGGCUGUGUGGUGAAGGAGGACGGGUUGGGAAGCAAAUAGAACACAGACGCCGGCAGAAGCAAGACAAGCGGCUGAAGCCGACGGGCCUGAAACCAUCAAUGCACAAAACCAACCGGCUGACUCUUAACAACAGCCGAUGUAAAAUAACCAAUUCCUAUCCUUUCACACAAUUGUCCAGAGAUAUGAUAGUGAAAAGACGUGUCAACGUUAUGAGUCUCUCUCAUCCACUUGUGAUCCAGUCGACGAAAACACAUCUUGAUACCAAGUGUAACAGAUAUUAAAUGAUAUUAAAGAUAUCAAGAUUAUAUUUUCACACAAUGGUCUUUACAGCAUGUACACACUGUAUGAAGUAAAAGUUGGAUGAACAAAAAAAAAAUGACUUCAAUUGGUGGGUAACACGUAAAAAACUUUUGAGUGAAAAAUUUCAGGUUAAAAAGCUUACAUGUUUUAGGUGUCACCAAAUAAAGUAAUUUUUAAAAAGGCAUUUAAAUUUAGAAAAUUAAACUUUCACUUUUUACAGUGUAGAAUAAUUUUGUGUAGAAAACAGUAAAUCACAAUCAAAUGCACCAGGAUUACUCCACUUUCAUAAAAAAAUCCCAAUUUACUCACCCCCAUAUCAUCCAAGAUGUUGAUGUCUUUCUUUCUUCAGUCGAGAAGAAAUUAAUUUUUUGAGGAAAAGAUUGCAGGAUUUUUCUCCAUAUAGUGGACCUCAACAGUUUACAGUUUUAAAGCAGCUUCAAAGGACUCUAAAUAAUCCCAACCUAGGCAUAAAGGUCUUUUCUAGCGAAACC